GUGUUUCUAUAUGAGCAACUGAGAAAAAGUCAAGUUACGCUCUUUAUUUGAUGCAAUCAAACUUAUAUAAAAUGAUGGAUCCAAUAUCAACUUACAGCUACUAAAAGCUCAAAAUAAAUUUUGUAGAUAUGAAGGUUUUCAUUCUGUGCUUCUUAGGUGUUGUGCUUGGAUGCUGCAUAAUGCAAGCUAAUGCUUCAGUUCGAAGCUUAAGAUUUGAACUGGUAAAUUCUGAUCACACAAGGCUAUGCACCAAAAAGCCAUUGCUCACGGUAAACGGACAAUUCCCGGGGCCAACCAUCUAUGCCCGGAGGGGAGAUCUUGUCACAGUCGAUAUUAUUAAUCAUUCUGAUCAAAAUAUAACAAUUCACUGGCAUGGAGUAAAAAUGCCAAGAUAUCCAUGGUCGGAUGGAACCGAUUAUGUGACCCAAUGCCCAAUUCAACCCGGAAAAAACUUUACUCAACGGAUGAUUCUCUCCGACGAAGAAGGCACAUUGUGGUGGCACGCUCAUAGCGAUUGGUCGAGAAAUUCUGUGCAUGGCGCCAUAGUCAUCCUACCUCCGGUGAGGGAGAACUAUCCUUUCCCCAAGCCUCAUGCUCAUGUUCCCAUCAUCAUUGGAGAGUGGUGGAAUUCAAAGGUUGAAAGAGUGUUCAAGGAAUUCAUCACCGGUGGAGCUGAUCCCCAAGAAUCCAAUGCUUUCCUCAUCAACGGCCAACCAGGCGACUUUUAUCCUUGCUCUAAACAAGAUACAUACAAAUUGCAAGUGGAAUAUGGAAAAAGUUACCUAAUCAAAUUAAUUAAUGGUGUGAUGGACACCAUCAUGUUCUUCAAAAUCGGCAACCACAACUUCACCGUCGUCGGCACCGACGGCGCCUACACGAAACCGCUGCUCACCGAUUAUGUAGCGAUUUCGCCUGGCCAAACCCUAGAUUUGCUUCUAGAAGCCAACCAGCCGCCGAGCCAUUACUACAUGGCGGCCAGAGUCUACGCCAGUGGCGGGGAAUUUGUGACCAUCCCCGCCACUGGAAUAAUCGAGUAUGUCGGAAACUACACUCCGCCUCAGUCACCGCUGCUUCCAUCCUUGCCUGAAGUCAACGACUCGGCUGCAUCGAUCGGCUUCACAGACCAACUAAAAAGCCUAGGCAACAACGUCGACGUUCCUAAAGAAGUCGACGAAACUUUCUUCUACACUCUCACAGUGAACCAAUCGCCAUGUAACAAACCUUCUUGCUUAACAUCCACAAGGCUGCUCGCAAGCGUCAACAACAUGACAUUUUUGCUUCCGAGAAACAUCGACAUUCUCACAGCUUAUUACAAACAGAUUAAUGGAGUUUACACUACUGAUUUCCCUGACUUCCCACCGUCAUCUUUCAACUACGCGCAAGGCACGCCGGAGAAGAACGAGAGAGCGUCCGGGUUCGGAACAGCGGUUCGUAUGUUGGAGUAUAACACGACGGUGGAAGUGAUUUUCCAAGGCACCAACUUCGGCGGUGGCGUUGAGCAUCCCAUGCAUUUACACGGAUACAGCUUCUACGUUGUCGGUUCCGGGUUAGGGAACUUCAACAAGUUCCGGGAUCCGGCCAACUAUAACCUCGUCGACCCUCCGUUGAUGGAAAACAUCGCGGUUGCAAGAAACGGAUGGACCGCUAUAAGAUUUAAGGCCAACAAUCCAGGAGUGUGGUACAUGCAUUGUCAUUUCGAGCGGCAUGUGAGUUGGGGAAUGGAAAUGGUGUUCAUUGUCAAGGAUGGAAAGCUCCCCCAUGAGAAGAUGCUGCCGCCGCCGCCGGAUAUGCCACGUUGCGGCGGAGAAGACUCAUCUCCUCCUCUUGUAUUUGGUGAUCCUCAUCCCACAAUGGGGAAGAGAGAAGAGGCUCAAUGAUUCUUUAUUUAUGAUACUAAUAUAGUACUAUAUGUUUAUUUGUUUUACUUGUCAAUUUUAUCUAGAUUUAUUACUAUACUUUAGAAUAAUUGGGUUUUUGUCUGGUUUGAGGAUGAGGUUCCAUGGUUUCUCAAUUGUGCUAUAUUGAUAAAUUAUUAUAUUCAUGAAAAUAAGGUUCAUUUCAA